CAAAAUGGGGGAGCCUCGGGCCCGGCCCCCAGCAAUCAGCUCGGAGAAAGCAGCGGCAGUUGCAAGUACCACAACACCAUCCCUGGAGCAAGCCGCCAGGAGUUUGAAUCCCUCCGCGCCCCAAACUGUAUUGGUUCGGAGGAAGAGGCUCUUCUCGUUUCUCUUCUCGCGAGACCGGGACUCUCUCGCGAGAAGGAAAAGGAAGGCGAUUGGCCGCGGCAGCGCCGUAGCUUUUCGGCAUUUUUUUUUUGCAGCACUGCGGCACGCCGCUGCGGCAGUCUCCUGCGGCAGUCUCGGGCCGCGUCUCGACACCAUGUUCCUGACGGCUCUCCUGCGCGGCAGCCGCACCCCCGGGAAGCAGUGGCUCGGGAAGCACCGGAGGCCGCGGAAGGUGACUUGGGGAAUGAAGCAGGGCAUGAUCCGCAGACUGGAGAUCGAAGCGGAGAACGAGUACUGGCUGAGCAUGCCGUACAUGACGAAGGAGCAGGAGUUCAACCAUUGCGUCGCCCGCAGGCGCGAGAACUUCGAGGCCAUCAAGCUGGCGCAGAUGUCCAAGUUUCCCCCGCACAGGCUGGUCGCGGACCAGCUCAACCACCUCAACGUCUCCAAGAAAUGGUCGUGAGAGCCGCUGCCGGGGCCCUCCGGGCCGGGAGCUGCCUUCCUCCCGCAGCCACGUAAGCCUCGGGUCACGCGCUCAGGGGUCACGCGCUCAGGGCUCCCGCGGAGGGAGCUCGGUAACCCUCGCUGGGGACCCCUGGCCGCGGCGCUCGCCUUGUCAGACAAGGCGGCUCUUACUAACUCUGGGAGGCUGAAGCCGAAGUGUUAUGGAGGGAAGAUUAAAUAAAGCUGCAAAAUAGUCUUGUG